GAUAACCAUGAUUAAAGAUCAGAUCUUUUCAAUAACUAAUUUCUAUAUUCUAUGAUUGUUCUUCACUCGUUCACUUAGUUAACUUUACUUUUUACUCGAGAAAACUUUUGUUGUUUAGUUUAUUAUAUAAGAAUAUUAAAGAAUUUGUGGUACUUUAAAAUAUUUAAAAUGUUGGGCAUUAAUUUAGUUAAAAAUAUUAGAUAUUUUUCAACCAGUUACGGUUUAAGAUUAGAUCUGUCUUGGAGGUCUUCAAAAAAGCUACCUUUAAACCCAAUGGAUAGAGGUAUUCUUACGGAUGGUGCUGAUUACAUUUUUUUGGACGGACGUCCUACCCCAUUUGGUAUGAAACAAAAAAGAAAAAUUUUGCUUCAAAGAGAAUAUGCUAAAAAAAUUGUUGAACUUAGUGAAAGUUUAGACAUUGCAAAGGAACGAUAUGCGAAGAAAGUUGGAGAAACAGAGGAACAGAUAAAACAUGUAUUGGAAAGAAAACUUAAGCCAAAAGGAAAUAAAAAUAUUUAGGACAAAAAGAAAUCUUUGUACUUUUCUUAUAAUUUAUAAAAAUUUAGGUAGAACACUCAUUUUGUACAAAAAAUUAUAAUUUAAUUAAUUGUAAUAAAAAAAUUACAUAAAAUUUUUAA